CGUCACUAACUUAACCAUAAACAUUUUGCAGUUAACUCUGAUGUUUUGAAUUGUCGGAAGAUUGUUUUAUCAAAUAUAUUCCUUAUUAUUAAAGAAUGUACUCUGUUCUUCACAAAAAAGAAAAUGCCCAUGAAGAAAGUAUCUGGAGUUGUGCUUGGGGUAGAUACUCUCCAGAACGAAAGAAAAAAGACGAUGACAACCAGGGGGAUGAUGAUAAAUCUAGAGAUUCAAUAAUGUCUGAUGAAGCACCAACUGAUUAUAUAGUUACUGGAGGCGUGGAUGAUCUCGUUAAAGUAUGGGACUUGCAAGAUGAUCGGCUUGUACUGAAACAUAAUCUUGAAGGACAUUCUCUUGGUGUCGUAUCAGUGGCACUAAGCAACAGCGGAAAAUUAUGUGCCUCUAGUUCACUUGAUUCCAGUAUGAGAAUAUGGGACUUAGAUAAGGGAGAAAAAAUUGCUAAUGUAGAUGUUGGACCAGUCGAUCUUUGGACUGUUGCUUUCAGCCCCGACGAUAAGCAUAUUAUUUCUGGGUCACAUGCUGGUAAAAUAACAAGCUACAGUGUAGAAACAGCUAAAGCAGAACAAACAUUCGAAACAAGAGGAAAGUUUACUCUAAGCAUAGCCUAUAGUCCAGAUGGAAAGUAUAUUGCUAGCGGAGCUUUGGAUGGAAUCAUAAACAUAUUUGAUGUAGCCUCAAAUAAAUUAGGACAUACCCUAGAAGGUCAUGCCAUGCCUAUUCGAUCACUGUGUUUUUCCCCUGAUUCUCAGCUCCUGCUUACUGCAUCUGAUGAUGGGCAUAUGAAGCUAUAUGAUGUGCAACAUACUGAAAUGGUAGCGACUUUAUCAGGACACGCAUCAUGGGUUCUUAGUGUUGCAUUUUCUCCUGAUGGAAAGUAUUUUGUGUCUGGUAGUUCUGACAAAACUGUUAAAGUGUGGGAUCUCAAUACUAAACAGUGUGUACAUACAUUCAAAGAACACACAGAUCAGGUGUGGGGAGUGAAAUUCAAUCCUGAUAGUAAUAAAAUACUUUCUGUAUCAGAAGAUAAGAGUAUUAAUGUUUAUAGUUGCCCUGUGUAGCCUAUUAAGUUUCAAAUAUAUUUUUUCAAUUUGUUUCUUAAAAGUAGGACUUUCAAUAAAUCAUUUAUGUCAGAAUAC